AUGAGUACUGCAAGAACAGAGAGCCCAGUGAUUUUGGGCUUGUCCAACCAGAAUGGACAGAUCCGAGGCUCAGGGAAGCCAGGAGGAGGAGGAGGAGGAGGCCCUCAGCUAAAUCCUAUAAAAGGCACAAUUAACAACGGAGAGACUCUGCCAGCUACUACAACCAAUGCUGUUAUCAAACCUGGGGAUGACUGGAAGAAGAAUUUGAAACUACCCCCAAAGGAUAUGAGAAUGAAAACAUCGGAUGUCACAGCAACUAAAGGCAAUGAAUUUGAAGACUACUGCCUAAAACGAGAGCUACUAAUGGGAAUAUUUGAAAUGGGCUGGGAGAAACCAUCUCCUAUUCAGGAGGAAAGCAUCCCCAUUGCACUGUCAGGACGUGAUAUUUUAGCCAGAGCCAAAAAUGGCACAGGGAAGAGUGGAGCCUACCUCAUUCCCUUACUUGAACGCAUUGACCUGAAGAAGGACUGCAUACAAGCGUUUGUCAUAGUGCCCACUCGAGAACUGGCUCUGCAAGUAAGCCAAAUAUGUAUCCAGGUCAGCAAACACAUGGGUGGGGUGAAGGUGAUGGCAACUACAGGUGGAACAAACCUACGUGAUGAUAUCAUGAGGCUUGAUGAAACAGUGCAUGUGGUGAUCGCCACUCCCGGGCGAAUCUUAGACCUCAUUAAGAAAGGAGUGGCCAAAGUCAAUCAGGUGCAGAUGAUAGUGCUGGAUGAAGCAGACAAACUGUUGUCACAGGACUUUGUGGUAAUGAUGGAGGAGAUCCUCAGCUUUCUUCCCAAACAGAGACAGAUCUUACUAUAUUCUGCCACUUUCCCACUCAGUGUGCAGAAGUUCAUGAAUUCACAUUUACAGAAACCCUAUGAGAUCAACCUCAUGGAGGAGCUCACCCUGAAGGGAGUGACCCAGUAUUACGCUUAUGUAACUGAACGGCAAAAAGUCCACUGCCUCAACACCUUGUUUUCCAGGCUUCAGAUCAACCAGUCUAUAAUUUUUUGCAAUUCCUCUCAAAGAGUUGAGCUGCUUGCCAAGAAGAUUUCUCAGCUGGGCUAUUCAUGUUUUUACAUUCAUGCCAAGAUGAGACAGGAGCACCGCAAUCGUGUUUUCCAUGACUUCAGAAAUGGCCUGUGUCGUAAUCUAGUGUGCACUGAUCUUUUCACCAGGGGAAUUGACAUUCAGGCUGUGAAUGUUGUCAUUAACUUCGACUUUCCCAAGCUGGGAGAAACAUACCUGCAUCGUAUUGGAAGAUCUGGGCGCUUUGGGCAUCUUGGUCUUGCAAUCAAUCUGAUCACUUACGAUGAUCGCUUCAACCUGAAGGGCAUUGAAGAGCAGCUCGGAACCGAAAUCAAGCCCAUCCCUGGGAUCAUCGACAAGAGCCUUUAUGUGGCAGAGUACCACAGCGAGAGUCAUGAAGAGGCCAAGCCAUGAGCAACCAGUCCACCUUCCAUUCCCCUUACUUCCCUCUCUCUUUUUUUUUUUUUUUUUUUUUUUUUUUUUUUUAAAUGUACAGUUUUUUUUUUUUUUUCUGGGUGCCACCGUAAGGAUUGUGUUUUUGGGCCGAAGUAUUUGGGAAGAACUCAUUUACCUAGGCUUUGUGCUGCACCAUCACAUUGAAGACAAGUGCACGAAGAGGAAAGCUUUGGACAAAGUAGAAAUGUGCACAUUUUGGUGAAUCCUAUCCAUCAGUGACGCUAAGCCAGCACCCACAGACCCCCGACCAUGCCCUGUCAGCUUAUUUUUUUCUUUUUAGAAAAUUUAAACCAGUUUGUAUCAAGUGCCUUAACAAGCUGUUCAACUUCUUCAAAAGUAAUAAUCCUUGUGACGUCCUGUCUCACCUCACACUGUUCACCUACUGAAAGAAAUGGUCAGGCACCUGUUGUCUGACCACACAGGUGAAUCCAUAAAAGUUUUGUCACCACAUUUUCCAGAAAAGGGAGGUCUGCUGGAGUUUUCUGUUUUCCACUGGCUUUGAUGCACAGGUCUGGCUUAUUAUUAAAGAUGAACUUGGAUUCAUUUGGACAAACACUGGGUUUUUCAGAGAGACUGUCCAAAUGCUUUCAGAGGCCCUGGUCUUUUCCUCUUGUCUUCACAAUGGAACUCUAAAGAUGGACUUGCUGCAGCACCUCAACAUCACCACAUGAGGAUUCCUGAUGGAGACGACUAGAGGAGCUUUUAAGCCCACUUUCACUUUCCCAGUGGAUGGCCACACUGUUUAGAGGCGUGCAGCCUGUAUGGGGUGCAUGUUUCACCUUGUGUAUAUACUUUCAUUUUAGAUUGUUUUAAACAAGUUUAUAAGGCUGGUUGAUAAACUGAAAAACAACAUACUCUUUUGUUAUCACUGGAGAUCUUAUGCCAGUUUCUUUUUGAAAUUGUGGCUUCUAAAUUUCUCAGUUGUGAAAAAUUCCAAGUGAUCAUAAGCUUAAGACUGCAUGAAAUGUUUUGGACAAUUUUGAAACUCCUUCAGAUUUGAAGGUAGGUGUGAUUAUUUUAGCUGCACUUAAAUUAUUGACUCUUUGACUUGAGAUACCAGUGUUAACAAGUAUUGUUUAGACAGAUGGCUUUUUAAAGCUUGUGCAUAUGAGUGUUGAAUUCUCUUAUCACCAGCCUUAACUUGUAAAACCUGAGACCACCGCUACCAUCUAGGUCUCUGUGAAUCAUGAAUGGCCAAUGAUUUUUGUCUUGGUAGUACAAGUGCUGCAGUGCAGCUAAAUUGUUAGAUAAUCUGUAUUUUGGGGAAGGUACUUUACUGUUACGUUCAUCUUGGCUUUAGGCACAGCUCCUGAUUAAGAAUGAGGGAGGAGAUGUUGUGUUCUGUCCCCUUUUGAAAAAAGUCAACUGAGAGCAUCCAAAAUUAUCACCCUUAAAUGUAGCAGCAACUCGUGGUCUGUGCAUCUGUGCAGCUCCACAAGAUGCUUCAGUCUGAUUGGCUGCUGUUAACAGAAAUAAUGGGUUUAGGCAAUAAUGGACUGCACUGCUUUUUGUACACUUCUGACCCAGAUAAGAUUUUUAUUUUAAAAUUAACUAAAAGGGGAAUGUUGAAGGAAUGAAAGUAUUUGGUCAGGCUGCUUAUUUUACACAGUGGGUAACUAAACCUACUCAUUAUCUUCCCCCUCCCCUGAAUUUAAGUUUUUGUAGGGAUUUUCUUUUGAUAAAGUGCAAUUUCCUUGUUGUGGUGAGAUGCUUUAGGUUCUAAUCAGUGAGACUUAAAAAUAGCUAUUUAUUUAAAUUAAAAUAUUGUCUAUAAUCCUUAAUUCUCAUUGGUUAGAGUGGAUCCCUGUUCUUACUGCUUUAGUCCAGUACAUAGUUUUGCACAUGGGGAAAUUGGUGUGGGAGGGUAUUCAGAACAGUCCAAAUUUGUGCAGUUUGUGAGAACAGGGAUUCUACCUUCAGACACAUGGCAGCUGUCUGUUUGCUGACAGCCUCUGACCGUACAAGCCAGAGACACGUAACACCAGAAGGCAUUAUGUUGUACUGGGCUGAGAGUGGCUCUACUGUCAUGGGCUGCAGUCAAAUCCUUAAAGACUGAGACAAGAGCAUCUUGCCAUGAAUUGGGUAAAUAAUUACAAAAUAUAUAUCGAAUUGUCUCAUUCAUUAAGGACUUUUAAAAAAUAUUUGGGGUGGUUAAUUUGGUGGUCUUGCUGCCCUGAUGCAGUCAUUAAUUUGUUCUAAAAUAUUCAAAUACAUUUGUGUUAAUCUGGCUCAUAAUGGCGGCUCCUGAUGUGCAGGCUCCUUGUGAAGCCUGUUUCAAACGGCUGCAUCAGUUCAUAAACGUGGGUGGGAGCCUUUCGGCAUUAAGUAAGAUCCAACGUUUUGGGAUGGGAUUGAAAUUGUCAUUAAGAUGCCCUCAGACUUGGAUUUUCUUUUUGUUUCAAAUGAAAUGUUCCAAGUGGAUUUCAUCUUGUUUAAAAUAUCUGCAAAUUUAACAAGUUAAAAUUGAGUUUUAAUUUCAUUACAAUUUGGUCUAAUUGGCAGUUUUUCAGUGGAGCUGAAUUUUACUAGGAUUUGAGUUAAAACAGGGAAAAUUAUCUGAAAAGUUUUGUUGAAAAUAAAGCUCACUGAAAUUUAA